GGAGAACGGGCGGCGAGGCUUCAUGGGCUGCUCACGCCAACAUGGUGCUCGCCCUCAACGGCAGCCACCUCUACGGUAACCUCCGGCCCCUGGUGCUGGAGGAGCCGCGGGCUGGCGGCAGGAUGAUCGCCGGCUCCUGGCCCCCGCGCAGCCUGGCGAAGCUCGGCCCGUCGCCCCCCCCGUCGGCGCUGCCCACGGCGAGCCCCCUCCCCGCCAACGACUCCCAGUGCGGGGAGCAGAUCCUCAGCUACGGCAGCGCGGAGAAAGUUCUCAUCGGGGCCGUGCUCUGCCUCAUCACCCUGCUGACCAUCGCCGGCAACUGCCUGGUGGUGAUCUCCGUCUGCUUCGUGAAGAAGCUGCGGCAGCCCUCCAACUAUCUCAUCGUCUCGCUGGCCCUGGCCGAUCUCUCGGUGGCCCUAGCCGUCAUGCCCUUCGUCAGCGUCACCGACCUUAUCGGCGGCGAGUGGAUCUUCGGCCGCCUCUUCUGCAACGUCUUCAUCGCCAUGGAUGUCAUGUGCUGCACGGCCUCCAUCAUGACCCUCUGUGUGAUAAGUAUCGACAGGUACCUGGGAAUAACCAGACCUCUCACCUACCCUGUAAGGCAGAAUGGGAAGUGUAUGGCCAAAAUGAUCCUGUGUGUGUGGCUCUUAUCUGCCUCUAUCACCAUACCCCCGCUCUUCGGCUGGGCACAGAAUGUCAAUGAUGAAAAGGUUUGUCUCAUCAGUCAAGACUUUGGCUACACCAUUUACUCCACUGCAGUUGCAUUUUAUAUUCCAAUGUCAGUGAUGCUUUUCAUGUACUAUCAGAUUUAUAAAGCUGCCAGGAGGAGUGCUGCUAAACACAAGUUUACUGGUUUUCCCCGUCUGGAAGAAAUGGAAGGGAUUUCUGUGAAUGGACUUGUAAAACUGCACAAGGAAUCUGAAGAAUGUACUAACUUUUCACGACUCCUAAAGCAUGACAAGAAAAACAUUUCCAUUUUUAAAAGAGAACAGAAAGCUGCCACCACCCUUGGGAUUAUUGUUGGGGCUUUCACAGUCUGCUGGCUGCCCUUUUUCCUCCUCUCGACUGCAAGGCCCUUCAUCUGUGGUACAGCAUGCAGCUGCAUCCCACUGUGGGUGGAGAGAACAUUUCUAUGGCUGGGCUAUGCAAACUCUCUCAUUAACCCUUUUAUAUAUGCCUUCUUCAACCGGGACCUGAGGACGACCUAUCGCAACCUGCUGCAGUGCAGAUACAGGAACAUCAACCGCAAGCUCUCAGCCGCAGGGAUGCACGAGGCUCUGAAGCUUGCAGAAAAGCCAGAGUUCGUCCUGAGAAGUCCUGAUUUCUCCAGGGAAAAAGAGUCAUGACCAAAUGUGCUUCAAAGCAGCCAGAAAAAGUGAAGCCAGAACAGGAAGAAGAAAAAUGAAGAGUUGGCUUCCGAAGAACUGGAUAGAUUUAUGAAAUGUACUUCAUCUUCCUUUGAUGGGAAUGUGCUAAAAAUAUUCCAUGAGCUCAAUACUUUACAUUAAAUGUAUUUCUAUUGGAAGUACUCACAUCUUGUUUGUUAUGGAGGAAAAUGCUGUUACAUACAAAUGAAAAUAGUUUUCUGCCUGAGAAAGCCAAAUUAUUUCAGCAAUAAGUUUGUGGGGUGGGGAGAAUGCCACUGAAACUCAAAGAUAAAGCAUUGUACAGGUUCCCAGCACAUUAAACUAUGUAGAAGAACAUUUGUAUGUUUACCAUGCUUGUGGAUCCUAACACUGGUAUUCAUAUUCAGGGAUUGUCAGUGAUACUGAAUGUAUUUUGCUGUACUAAAAAAAAAAAAAGAGGUUUCCAGGCAAAUGCUGUCUCUGUGGAUGCUUUCAGAGCUUGUGUUCAAGAGAUGCUGUACACCUGCAGUGGGAUUGAGAAUGACAACAAUAAAAGACCAAUUUUUGUUAAAGA